GCUCCACACUAACACAUAAAUGAUUACAUAACAUAACCUGCAAUCACUCUGGAACUCUUGACACUUUGCCUUCAUUCUAGCCAGAAGAACGUACACCCUUCUGAUUUUCAGCUCGUUGCAGGCAGUCAAUAACUAAAUAUUCUUAAAAAUGGCCGGCGGUGAACAGGGUGGAGACAACCUGAAGGGUCUGUCCAAGAUCUUCAACGGCGAAACCAUCAAGGGACGGGCAAAUGUCGCGAAGGCCACCUACGCCGGCAUCGGACUGCUCAUCCUGUACUUCUCGCUGAAGCCGUCGAAAAAGUAAACUUGAGGAUGUGACGGAUUGGGUGUGAUGUUCGGAUUAAUGCAAUAGGAAUAUCACUACAAAAAUGUACAUCAUCUCGUGUGCUUUAGCGUUACGGUCGAAAGUGUGAGGAAAAUAUAUUAUGCAACAGUGCUAUAAAAUUGAAAAAAUGUGA